UACAUUUGAUGGGAUUGGGUUCUCCCUCAGAAGCACACCAAAUAGAUUGCUCGUUCUAAAAUAGAAAACAGUGGCAACGUUUUGCUGAAUUUCCAGACGUUUCCCAGGAUGGAACCGAUAACAUUCACGGCAAGGAAACAUGCGUUCCCUAACGAGGUCUCGGUGGACUUCAGCCUGCAGCUGGUGGGCUCCCUGCCUGUGCAUUCCCUGACCACGAUGCCGAUGCUGCCCUGGGUGGUGGCUGAGGUGCGAAGGCUCAGCGCACAGGCCUCCAGAAAGGAGCCUGGGACCAGGCAAGUCUGGCUUUGUGUGUCACCCUCUGGUCUGAGAUGUGAACCUGAGCCAGGGAAAAGUCAACAGUGGGAUCCACUGAUCUGUUCCAGCAUCUUCGAGUGUAAGCCCCAGCAUGUUCACAAACUGAUUCACAACAGUCACGAUCCAAGUUACUUUGCUUGUCUGAUUAAGGACAAUGCAGCCAGUCAGCAGAGUAUCUGCUACGUGUUCAAAGCCGACGAUCAAACAAAAGUGCCUGAGAUCAUCAGCUCCAUCCGACAGGCCGGCAAGAUUGCCCGCCAGGAGGAGCUCCACUGCCCGUCCGAGUUCGAUGACACGUUCGCCAAGAAGUUUGAGGUGCUCUUCUGCGGCCGGGUGACAGUGGCUCACAAGAAGGCGCCCCCGGCCCUGAUCGACGAGUGCAUCGAGAAGUUCAAUCACGUGAGCUGCAGCAGGAAGGCCGAGUUUGCCCUGGUCGCCCAGAAUCCGGAGGCCCCCCCGGGGCCCGCGGGAGGCCACUCCUUGGCCGCUAAGGUCCGGGGUGUGCUCCAGCCCGUGGGGAACGGGGAGCAGGCCCGGAGGCCCAUGCGCAAGUCCUUCUCCCAGCCCGGCCUGCGCUCGCUGGCCUUUAAGAAGGACUUGCACGAUGGCAGCCUUCGAAGCAGUAGCUUUUUCAGCUCCUUUGAGGAAAGCGACAUCGAGAACCACCUCGUUGGUGGACACAAUAUCGUGCAGCCGACAGAUAUUGAGGACAAUCGAACUAUGCUCUUCACGAUUGGCCAGUCUGAAGUUUACCUCAUCAGCCCUGACACCAAAAAAAUAGCAUUGGAGAAAAAUUUUAAGGAGAUAUCCUUUUGCUCUCAGGGUAUUAGACAUGUGGACCACUUUGGGUUCAUCUGCCGAGAGUCUUCAGGGGGUGGAGGCUUUCAUUUCGUCUGUUACGUGUUUCAGUGCACAAAUGAAGCUCUGGUUGAUGAAAUUAUGAUGACCCUGAAGCAGGCUUUCACCGUGGCUGCGGGGCAGCAGACGGCUAAGGCACCUGCCCAGCUGUGCGAGGGCUGCCCCCUACAGGGCCUGCAUAAGCUCUGCGAGCGGAUAGAAGGAAUGAAUUCUUCCAAAACCAAACUAGAACUCCAGAAGCACCUGACGACAUUAACCAAUCAGGAGCAAGCAACUAUUUUUGAGGAGGUUCAGAAAUCGAGACCAAGAAGUGAGCAGCGAGAGAAUGAAUUGAUUAUUUCUUUCCUGAGAUGUUUAUAUGAAGAGAAACAAAAAGUUCACAUCCAUAUUGGGGAGAUAAAGCAGACCUCACAGAUUGCAGCAGAGAAUAUUGGAAGUGAGUUGCCACCUAGUGCCACUCGAUUUAGGCUAGAUAUGCUGAAAAACAAAGCAAAGAGAUCUUUAACAGAGUCUUUAGAAAGCAUCUUAUCCCGGGGUAAUAAAGCCAGAGGCCUCCAGGAACAUUCCGCCAGCCUGGAUCUGGACAGCUCCAUGUCUAGCACUUUAAGUAAUAUGAGCAAAGAGCCAUCUGUGUGUGAAAAAGAGGCCUUGCCUGCCUCUGAGAGCUCCUUCAGGCUUCUCGGCUCCUCAGAUGACCUGUCCAGUGACUCGGAGAGCCAUCCCGCGGAAGAGCCUGCCCCACUGUCACCCCAGCAGAGCUUCCGAAGGCGCGCGAACACCCUGAGUCAUCUCCCUGUGGAGUGCCAGGAGCCUCCGGAGCCGGCUCGGGGGUCUCCAGGUGUCUCCCAAAGGAAACUUAUGAGGUAUCACUCAGUGAGCACAGAGACGCCUCAUGACCAAAAUGUGCAUCAUCCACCUGUGGGCGAGCCUAAAAGUUGCUCAGGUCAGUCUUCAGCUCCUGCUCCUCCACCUCGUCUUAACCCCUCUGCCUCCUCGCCAAAUUUUUUUAAGUACCUAAAACAUAGCUCAAGUGGAGAACAAAGUGGGAAUGCUGUGCCGAAGAGCAUCUCCUACCGUAAUGCCCUGCGGAAAAAACUUCAUUCUUCUUCCUCUGUGCCAAAUUUUCUAAAAUUUCUGGCUCCUGUAGAUGAAAAUAACACCUCUGACUUUAUGAACACGAAAAGGGACUUUGACUCCAAAGCUGAGCACCUUGGCGAUGCCAAUGGGACCCCCGUGAAGACACGGAGACACUCAUGGAGGCAGCAGAUAUUCCUCCGUGUGGCAACCCCGCAGAAAGCGUGCGAGUCUCCCAGCAGAUACGAAGAUGGGCUCAAACCCGGAGAGAAGAGUGUUAGUGAGGAGCGUGGCUCUAAUUAUAGUGCAAGAGGAGGAAAGUACAAAGGGCAUGUGGACAGAGAUUAUUCGGAACUGGGGGAGCAUCCGCCACGAUCUCCUUUAGAACCAGUUUGUGAGGAUGGACCCUCUGGCCCUGUCCCAGAAGAAAAGAAAAGGACAUCUCACGAGCUUCGAGAGUUAUGGCAAAAGGCUAUUCUGCAACAGAUUCUACUCCUCAGAAUGGAGAAGGAAAAUCAGAAGCUGCAAGCCUCUGAAAAUGAUCUGCUGAACAAGCGCUUAAAGCUUGAUUAUGAAGAAAUCACUCCUUGUCUUAAAGAAGUAACCACAGUGUGGGAGAAGAUGCUUAGCACUCCAGGAAGAUCAAAAAUUAAGUUUGACAUGGAAAAAAUGCAUUCAGCUGUUGGGCAAGGUGUGCCACGUCAUCUUCGGGGGGAAAUCUGGAAGUUCCUGGCAGAGCAGUACCGCCUUCGACACCAGUUUCCCAGUAAACAGCAGCCAAAGGACACACCAUACAAGGAACUCCUAAAACGGCUCACCUCCCAACAGCAUGCGAUCCUUAUCGACCUGGGGCGAACCUUUCCAACGCAUCCGUACUUCUCUACCCAGCUCGGAGCAGGGCAGCUGUCACUUUACAACAUCCUGAAGGCCUACUCGCUUCUAGACCAGGAAGUAGGAUACUGCCAAGGUCUCAGCUUUGUAGCAGGCAUUUUGCUGCUUCACAUGGGUGAGGAAGAGGCAUUUAACAUGCUCAAGUUUCUGAUGUUUGAAAUGGGACUGCGCAAACAGUAUCGGCCGGACAUGAUUAUUUUACAGAUCCAGAUGUACCAGCUCUCGAGGCUUCUCCACGAUUACCACAGAGACCUCUACAAUCACCUCGAGGAGCAUGAGAUCGGCCCCAGCCUCUAUGCCGCCCCCUGGUUUCUCACUGUGUUUGCCUCACAGUUCCCACUGGGAUUUGUAGCCAGAGUCUUUGAUAUGAUCUUUCUUCAGGGAUCAGAGGUCAUGUUUAAAGUGGCAUUAAGUCUGUUGGGAAGCCAUAAGCCCUUGAUUCUGCAACAUGAAAACCUAGAGACCAUAGUUGACUUUAUAAAAAACACCCUCCCCAACCUGGGCUUGGUACAAAUGGAAAAGACCAUCAGUCAGGUAUUUGAGAUGGAUAUCUCGAAACAGUUACAAGCCUAUGAAGUUGAGUACCACGUGCUUCAAGAAGAACUUAUCGAUUCCUCUCCUCUCAGUGACAACCAAAGAAUGGACAAGUUGGAGAAGACCAACAGCAGCUUGCGCAAACAGAACCUUGACCUGCUUGAACAACUGCAGGUGGCCAACGGUAGGAUCCAAAGCCUGGAGGCCACCGUUGAGAAGCUUCUGACCAGCGAAAGCAAGUUGAAGCAGGCCGCCCUUGCCUUGGAGCUGGAGAGGUCAGCCCUGCUGCAGACGGUGGAGGAGCUUCGGCGGCAGGUGGCGGCGGAGCCACGCGGGCUGGAGCCUGACCUCACGGGGCCCGGGCCCGCGGGCCACUGACUGCGCGGGAGACAGCUCCUCACCGGAGCACGGCUCCGGAGGAGACACCGGGGCCCCAUCCCAGCACUGGCCAGGCCUUAGCUGAGAGGGACAGAAGAUGCCAGAGGGAGGAACAAGGCAUGAUGCGUGCUUCUCAGGGAGGACACUGGCUUGCCAGCCUGCACGCUGGCACGGACUAGAACUUGCAAGUCGCAGGGCCUGACCAGGUCCCAGUGUUUUUGUUUAGGCUGCAAUUUGUCCCUUCUCCAGUCCUGAUUACUGUACCCAGUAGGUGUAGGUGGCAUGGACGUGAAUAAAUGCACUUCAUGUUUC